UUGAAUCAAUUGCCACCAACUACUACAUGUUGUACAACAAAUUAGCAGCCCGAGAGAAAACUAUCAAGACUCUACUGCCUCCAAAAAUACCUUCUAUCCACAGAACCUUUGUCUAAGAAAAUCAUCAUGCCAGAUCAAGUUCAGCAGCCAGUUGAUCCCAAUGAAAACCCCUAUGGCUACCUGGGAAUGGCCAAAAACCCUGAUGGCUCCAUCACACGCCUGGCUCAACUUCCGGGCACCCCUGCCUCGUCCGAUCCUAGCAACCCUUUUCAUCUUUCGAAGGACUUGGACAUAAACCAAUCGAAGGGCACUUGGGCUCGGAUAUUCGUCCCCCGGGAAGCAUUUGAUUCCUCUCCUGCCAAAAAAUUGCCCCUGAUUAUUUAUUUCCAUGGUGGAGGCUUCAUUUUAUGUAGCGUGAAUUCAUCUUCAUUUGAUGCUUUGUACACUCCGAUUGUUACAGAAAUUCCGGCUGUAGUUGUCUCCGUCGAGUACCGUCUUGCUCCGGAGCACCGGCUGCCUGCAGCCUACGAAGAUUGCUUUGAAGCAUUGCAUUGGAUCAAGAAAUCCAAGGAUGAAUGGCUGGAAAAGUAUGCUGACUUUUCUAAGGCUUUCUUGAUGGGCACCAGUGCUGGUGGUAACAUAGCUUAUCACGUUGGCCUCCAUGCAGCUGCAUGUGUUGACGAUCUCGGGCCUCUGCAGAUCAAAGGGUUGAUAUUGCAUCAGCCAUUCUUUGGUGGGAUCGAGAGGACUGAGUCAGAGUUGAGGCUCGCCAAAAACAUGGUCAUACCGUUGACGGUAUGUGAUCUGAUGUGGGAUCUGAGCUUGCCAAUUGGCGUUGACCGCGAUCAUGAGUAUUGCAAUCCAACGGCGGAGAUUAAGCCAGGCCAAUUUGAUCAUGUCAAAGCUCGGGGGUGGAAGGUUUUGGUCACUGGCUGUGAUGGUGAUCCGUUGGUCGACCGUCAGAUUGAGCUUUGGAAGAAAUUAGAAGAGAACGGUGUAUCUGUGACAGGUAAGUUUGAUGAGGGAGGAUUUCAUGGAUAUGAGAUUGGAUAUCCCGACGAGGCUAAAGAACUAGUCUUGCGAAUUAAAGAGCUUGUGAAAUCAGCCACCACUUCUUGAAAGUGUUUGCAUUUAUGGACAAAUUAUCUUGCAGAAUUCAACAAAAAAGUUCAGCAGCUGAGCAAAUCUUGUCAAAUGGCAUUACUACUACUACGACUACUUUUUUUUUGUUUUUGUUUUUGUUUUUGGUUUGCUACAGCUUUCAAUCUUUGGUACUAUUUGCAUUGAUUGUUUACCAGACUUUUGAUUUAGUAAAAUUUGGACUUUCCUUUUCUUGUCCCAAAAUCAUUCUAA